CGCGUGUUCCGCAGAGUCAGACCAGUCCAAGCAGCGAAGGGACUAGUUCUCCCCCUCACAGCUGCACGGUCCUCCUCCUCCUGCUCCUUCUCCUCCUGCUACGUCGUCAGGCAGUGGAUCAGAACUUUUUAUUUACCUUUGACUCCAGUGUGUGUUUAGGUGUUGUUAUUGCUUUCGUUUAGUCAUUGUCAAUACCGGAUGUUGUUGUAGUGAUUGCCCCUUCAACUACUGUUACGAUUCUUACUACCGCUGAUGCUGUUACUGUGCAACCUCAACACCGCCACCGUCUCAAUCCCAGUCUGCCUUUUGUGCCCGUGUGUUGCCUCGCCUCCUACUCCAGUAUUUGCUUAGUCAACACCUCGGGAGAGGAUAAAUCGGGAGAAAGGACGGACGCGGGCACGGAGCAGGAUGGAGAGGAUCUCGUGGCUGGUGCUGGCGGUGGUGAUAGCGGGGAUGCUGGAGGUGGCGCACGGGCAAGACUGCCGCACGAAGUCAGGUGAGGUGGGUCGCUGCGUCAACAUUCGCUUCUGUCCGGACCUUCUUCGACUCCUGCGAGAGAUCCAGAGCAACACAGCGCCGCGGGAUUCCGUCAGGGUGCUACGAGACUCCGUGUGUGAAUUCAGCAAUAACAUCCCCAAAGUCUGCUGCACAAGUCUAGGAAGUUCGGAUGAGAAAAGGUAUUCCUUCUCCUUUUCUCUAUCUCCACCCUUUCUCUUCCGUUUCCGAUUUCCCUUCACCGUCCCUUUCCUCUUUAUUUUUCUCACACUACCCAUCGCACAGCCUCGGCCCACAUCAGGCAAUCGCGGAGGAGUGUCUCUACUGCCGAAGUCAUGUGGCCGCACGGUACUGGCAGACAAAAUCGUCGGUGGAGUCAACGCUUCACUCUUCGCCUGGCCCUGGAUGGCGCUGCUCAGUGGCUCAAACGCGCGCGGGAGACAGUGGAUCUGCGGCGGGGUCCUCAUCUCCAGCCGCUACGUGCUCACCGCCGCCCACUGCGUUCACACCUCCUCCCAGUUCAACCUAGAUUUCGUGCGAGUGGGAGAGCACCAGCUGUCAACGAACCCUGACUGUGAGAGGCGCAGGUGUGCACCAUCACCUCAGGACAUAAGAGUGUCGGAGAUCAUCAUUCACGAGGACUACAAUAAAGUGCAAGGCUGUCCACGCUGCCACGACAUCGCCCUCCUGAGGCUGGCCUUCCCUGCCCGGCUCGACCCAGCCCACGUGUUUCCGAUCUGUGUGCCCCAAGACCUGGAGCGAGAGCUGGGCGUGAUCAACAAUGACUUCUCUUCGAUGUUCGGGUGGACGGCCGGCUGGGGGUCUUUGAACCCCACCAAUUUCGUGCAAGCAGACGUACUACAAGAGGCUCUCCUGCCCCUCCGGAAAACCUUCUGCAAGAUCGAUUCCUUCCCAGAUCCGAACAUGGUAAUAUGUGCCGGCGGGGAGGGCGCGGACUCCUGCAGGGCGGACUCUGGCGGCCCGCUGCUCAUGGAGAACGCAGGUCGCAACUUCGUGGUGGGCAUAGUGAGCAGCGGCCCCACGGUCUGCGGCGCCCCCCAGACUCAGGGCAUUUACACCAACGUCAACUACUACCUGUCAUGGAUCUUGGACCACCUGCGGCCCUAGCGUAUACCGGCGGCAAACCUUGCAAGCGUAACUUGAAUCUCGAGCGAGUUACGGGAGCUGACUCUUGAUGACAACUUGCAUAUCAGGUUGUUUGGCGUUUACAUGGACACGAGGAAAAGAAGGUUACGGGGAUCUAAGACCGUCACGUCACUAGCAAGGGACGGACGGCAAUUCCUGAAGAUUUAACUUUCGUCUCUAGCGAAGCACGUACAUUAAUUUCCGAAGACACAAUGGAUAUUUAAAUGAUCAAAUUAACAAGGAAAAUAAGGUCAACUGAUCACAGUGUCAUCAGCCCCAACGGGGAGAGAAUGGCAAUUCAUGACACAUUACUUAUGGUCCUAUAUGUGCAAAGGGAGACUCUGAAUCUAGUUCUUAGAAACUGGAUUGUCGAAGGUUGAACUGAUAGAGAUAAAUAUUGCUAACCACUGCGUCCACUGUGCCCUACAACACUUCCGUUCUUAGCAAAGGAACGUUGGUUCGAUAAAGAAUUAAGAAACGGUACUUGCAUGGGGCAUGACCUGAAGACUUAAGUGCUAAAGACCAUGACAUACAAAGGAAAAAAUCAACUUCUACACGUCCUAUGGAUCAUGCUGUCUCCCUGACCCAUCAAGGAACCGGCACAUCAAAGCUGAAACACGGUACAAUAUGUCUUCUUCACGGGGCUCAUCAGUGACUGGAACGACCAGAAGACACAACCAUGAACUGAGGAGCAAAAACGGGGGACUAUAUAGUAAGUUACCAGAGAAGGAUAAACACAGAAGGAAAAAAAUAAUGUUAAUCUCUGAAGGCUCUGCUUGAAGGGUCUAGUGGCAGAAAAUCACUUAUAGAGAAAUCUGCUCCUGCGUCCCGCGAGUCCGGCGGGACGGCAGUGAGGCUGAGAAAAAAAUGGUUGUAAAAGAAAAAUAAUAAACGCAAUAUAUCAUCAUCAUUAAACCUUCACACCGCUGUGGGUAAAAUGAUGCCAGCACAAAGAAAAACAGAUGAAAAUACUGCGAAAGCAAUUUAUGUAAAAAGUGUAAAAAAUAAAGACGAAGUAGAAAACCCCUUGUGUUUAUCGC